CCAUGAAGAGAGCCUGCAUCCUUGCAUGGCUGUUCUCAAGCCUGGGAGUGUGGAGUAUCGCCCGCCCUGAGUUCCAGGAACCCGCCCAGUGCCAGAGAGCUGAGCAUCCUGUUGUCUCCUACAAAGAAAUUGGCCCCUGGUUACGGGAGUUCAGAGCAGAGAAUGCUGUGGAUUUCUCGAGGUUAACCUUUGACCCAGGACAGAAAGAACUUGUCGUAGGAGCAAGAAACUAUCUCUUCAGAUUGCAGCUUGAGGAUCUGUCUCUCAUCCAGGCUGUGGAGUGGGACUGUGAUGAAGCUACCAAGAAGGCCUGUUACAGCAAAGGGAAAUCAAAGGAGGAAUGUCAGAACUAUAUCAGAGUGCUCUUAGUGGGCGGGGACCGGCUAUUCACCUGCGGGACCAAUGCUUUCACACCUGUCUGUACCAUCCGCUCGUUAAGUAACCUGACUGAGAUCCAUGAUCAGAUCAGUGGCAUGGCCCGCUGUCCCUACAGUCCCCAGCACAAUUCUACAGCUCUGCUCACAGCCAGUGGGGAGCUCUAUGCUGCAACAGCCAUGGACUUCCCAGGGCGAGAUCCAGCCAUAUACAGAAGUCUGGGCACUUUACCUCCUCUCCGGACUGCACAGUACAACUCCAAAUGGCUCAAUGAACCAAACUUUGUGUCUUCCUAUGACAUUGGAAAUUUCACCUACUUCUUCUUCCGAGAAAAUGCUGUAGAGCAUGAUUGUGGGAAGACCGUUUUCUCCAGGGCCGCCCGGGUCUGCAAAAAUGACAUUGGAGGGCGAUUCCUCCUGGAAGACACCUGGACCACCUUCAUGAAGGCUCGCCUCAACUGCUCCCGGCCCGGUGAGGUGCCCUUCUACUACAAUGAGCUGCAGGGCACCUUCUUCCUGCCGGAGCUGGAUCUGAUCUAUGGCAUCUUCACCACCAAUGUGAACAGCAUUGCCGCCUCUGCUGUAUGUGUCUUCAACCUGAGUGCCAUCUCACAGGCCUUCAACGGACCAUUCAAGUACCAAGAGAACUCCCGCUCAGCCUGGCUGCCUUAUCCUAACCCCAACCCCAACUUUCAGUGCGGCACCAUGGACCAGGGCCUGUAUGUAAACCUGACAGAAAGAAACCUUCAGGACGCUCAGAAGUUCAUUCUGAUGCAUGAGGUGGUCCAGCCAGUGACCACCGUGCCCUCCUUCAUGGAGGACAACAGCCGCUUCUCCCAUGUGGCCGUCGACGUGGUGCAGGGCAGGGAUACACUCGUCCACAUCAUCUAUCUGGCCACAGAUUACGGCACCAUUAAGAAAGUACGGGCUCCCCUGAGUCAGACCUCAGGUAGCUGUUUGCUGGAAGAAAUUGAGCUUUUCCCAGAGAGGAGGCGGGAACCCAUCAGGAGCCUGCAGAUCCUCCACAGCCAGAGUGUCCUGUUCGUGGGGCUUCAGGAGCAUGUGGCCAAGAUCCCCCUGAAGAGGUGCCCCUUCCACCAAACACGCAGUGCCUGCAUUGGUGCCCAGGACCCUUACUGUGGCUGGGAUGUGGUGAUGAAGAAGUGCACGAGCCUGGAGGAGAGUCUGAGCAUGACUCAGUGGGAGCAGAGCAUCUCCACCUGUCCGACCAGAAACCUCACUGUGGACGGGAGCUUUGGCGCCUGGUCUCCGUGGACAUCCUGCACACACACCGAUGGCGCUGCUGUGGGAACCUGCCUCUGCCGGUCCCGCUCCUGUGACAGUCCAGCUCCACAGUGUGGUGGCUGGCAGUGUGAGGGCCCUAGGAUGGAGAUCACCAACUGUUCCAGGAACGGAGGCUGGACUCCCUGGACCUCCUGGUCGCUCUGCAGCACCACCUGCGGCAUUGGCUUCCAGGUGCGGCAACGCUCCUGCAGCAACCCCACACCCAGGCACGGAGGCCGCGUGUGUGUGGGUCAGAACCGGGAGGAAAGAUACUGCAAUGAACAUUUGCUCUGCCCGCCACACGUGUUCUGGACAGGCUGGGGACCUUGGGAACGGUGCACGGCCCAGUGCGGGGGUGGCAUUCAAGCCCGCCGUAGGACCUGUGAAAAUGGGCCUGACUGUGCAGGAUGUAAUGUGGAGUACCAGCCUUGUAACACCAAUGCAUGCCCAGAGUUGAAGAAGACCACACCGUGGACUCCCUGGACACCUGUCAACAUCUCGGACAAUGGUGGUCACUAUGAGCAGCGGUUCCGAUACACAUGUAAAGCUCGCCUGCCAGAUCCAAAUUUGCUGGAAGUGGGAAGACAGAGGAUUGAAAUGCGGUACUGUUCCAGCGAUGGGACCAGCGGCUGCUCCACAGAUGGUCUUUCUGGAGACUUUCUACGAGCUGGGAGAUACUCUGCCCACACAGUCAACGGGGCAUGGUCAGCAUGGACUUCCUGGUCACAGUGCAGCCGCGACUGCAGCAGAGGCAUUCGGAACCGGAAGCGUGUUUGCAACAACCCAGAACCCAAAUAUGGGGGCAUGCCCUGCCUUGGCCCAUCCCUGGAGUUCCAGGAAUGCAACAUUUUACCCUGCCCAGUGGAUGGUAUGUGGUCUUGUUGGUCAUCCUGGUCAAAAUGCUCAGCAACCUGCGGUGGUGGACACUACAUGAGAACCCGCUCGUGUACGAAUCCAGCCCCAGCCUAUGGAGGGGACAUCUGCCUAGGACUGCACACAGAGGAGGCGCUCUGCAACACACAGACCUGUCCAGAAAGCUGGUCAUUGUGGUCAGACUGGUCUGUGUGCGAUGCCUCUGGUAUCCAGGUCCGUGCUCGACAGUGUAUUCUUCUGUUUCCUGUGGGCAGCCAGUGUUCCGGAAAUACCACAGAGAGUCGGUCAUGCGUGUUUGACUCUAAUUUCAUCCCAGAAGUGUCUGUGGCAAGAUCCAGCAGCGUAGAAGAGAAAAGAUGUGGAGAGUUCAACAUGUUCCACAUGAUGGCCGUGGGGCUCAGCAGUUCCAUCCUCGGUUGCCUCCUCACCCUGCUUGUCUACACCUACUGCCAGCGGUACCAGCAACAGUCCCAUGAUGCAACUGUCAUCCACCCUGUCUCUCCCGCCGCUCUCAACAGCAGCAUCACUAACCACAUCAACAAACUGGACAAAUACGACUCAGUGGAGGCCAUCAAGGCAUUUAACAAAAACAACUUGAUCUUAGAGGAGAGAAACAAAUACUUCACCCCUCAUCUCACUGGGAAGACCUACUCCAACGCCUACUUCACAGAUCUCAACAAUUAUGAUGAAUACUAGCAACUCAUACUCUUGGCUCCUUGUAAACCCUCUGCUCCUCAAAGCCGUGCUCCAUGACUGCCCAUGUUUCUGAGGCUUCAGAGAUGACGUGUGGAUCCAUUUCAAGUGCAUUUCAAGCCAAGACUUUCCCAUCGCUACAAAAAGCUGCACACCCUUAAACACCUAAAUGUGGUGUUGUGACAAUCUGGUCUGUAGCAAACAUUUGAUUGUUGCUAAGUGAGCCAUGGUGUGAAGUUUUGUAUUGUGCUCAUCCCAAAUUCUAAGUGGUCUAUUGUUUCAUGAGUUUUAUUUCACAAAUGUGCCAACCACAUUAGAAAGUGUCUUUAGACACAAAACAUCUUCAUGAUUUUGAAUGUAGCACUUCAUGAUAUUUUAAUUUGAAAACAAACAAAAACCAGGCACUUUAUCUGAGAGGUCCCUUCCCUCCAACAGCGUCCAUAGUAAUGCAAAGAAUGAAGAUAUGACUAUGGCCAACUCCCCCAACCUGAGUUACUCAUGGGUUUUUGGAAAGAGUUUGUUUGCACUUGGAGUGAUUCCUGCCCAAGGAAGCCUAGGGAUUCCACCUGCCCUGGACCUGCCCAGUCGUGGUCCACUGAGAUCCUUUGCUAUGGUCUGGGACGUGACUGUCGUCAUUGUGUGGUGAACACAUGAAGCAGAGAGCAGACAGUGAGACACACAGCAGUGUUCUGCAGCUUGCAGUGAAACUAGCCUUACUCUGACUUUUGGAUUCCGUGGCAUUCCAGGGAGCUCCCUGCCAUGCUGGAGGCCUGAAGGCCACCUGCCUGGGCAGUGGGAACAUGCUGAAGAGUCAGUCUUAACAUUUGGGUAGACUCUACAUCCCUCCCUCCCUGCAGGAAAAAAAAAUCUUGAACAUUGAUGCCAAUUAUGGAAAAUAUUGAAAGUACCAAACUGUAAUUGAAAGCUACUCUUUUUAUUUUUUUGUGUUAUGCAGUGUUGAAUGAACUGAUGUUUAAUGAUAAGCAUUUUUUGUAUUCAUCAUCUUUGAUGUGUCUAAUGUACAUCAAUGGGCCCCUAUCAAGAGCAUUAAAGGUGUGUCAAACUGUCCCUCUGGGGCUCAGCACAGUCACACUAGAGUGACACUCCAGUACCAUGGUCUGCUUGUUUGCCCCCUGCUGCCCCCAGGCCAGAGGAGGGACAGGCUCUGAGUCUUUCGAUUAGAGCUGCCUUCCUGUGCACCCGGCCUAGCCAGUUCCACUUUGUUCUGAGGCAGUAGCAGUCACAAGUACCUUGAGAGGUAAUGGUUCAGAAGGUCAGAGCUUUAGUGACCCCUCUGCUCUCAGUCACUGCGGAAUGUUUUAAGACCAUUCCUGAGGUCCUCAGAGGAGAAAAGGAGACCCAUUAACACCCGAUAUAGAGAAUAUAGGUCUCGAUUUAAUGCUUUUUAAAAGCAAAGACAAAAUAGUUUGUCUGUGCCCCUGGUCACUAUGAUAAAGGCCUGAGUAUUCAUACAUGUUCUUAUUGGUAAAUAAACUUUCACGUCUAUGCAAAUGUAUAGCACGGGGAAUAAAGAUUACAGGGUUUUUAUGAGUGUGUAUUUUCCCUAUUGAAUAUUAAAAAAGCAAUCUCAGAAAAUGUUCCCCCCCCAAAAAUCCCAUGGUUAGUCAUGAAUUAUUCUCAUAUAAGCACAUUUUUCAGACCUAAUUCUCUGUUAAAAUUGAAAUUAAAAUGGCAGAUGGGUUCUAGGAGAUGUGUCAGAUUGUAAAGAAGUGGCAUUUGGGGAUAUCCCAGUGGGACAUCGUGUGGCAUUUCACACACUUCUUCUACAGUGUAUGUGGCCUCCAUUGCACACACAUUUUUAAAAUCCACACUCAACAGAUAGAUGUGUCAGAUGAUUUAUUUGUUGUCUCUAGGGUGGAUUUUCAUUGAAUGCCUCAACUCAUCACAUUACUUUCUUUUAAGAAAAGAAUAAAUCCUCCUGGUGUAGCACUAAAUUUUCUUGUUUUAAAAAUAAGCUCCCCUUCUUGAAUGUUUCCUUAACUUGAAAGGUCAUUUUCUUUCCCCUGGAAAGGAGGGUGCAAAUAUUUCAAGAACUUAUAGCUAAACUUGAUAGGAAAUGCAUUCUAAGUGACCUCCAAUCUGGUCUUUGUCAGUUUGAUAUAGUAACCCGACUCUAGGAUUCUCAUAUUUGAAACAAGACAAUAUUUGAAACAAGACAAUAUUCUGACACUAGUAUUGCCUUUUUAAAGCCUCAUUUUUGGCUUCCUGGUUCUUUAUUCAAAUUUCCACCCCCAGCCACCAGGCCUGUACUCUUAUUUAGUCAAACAAUUGAAACAAUUGCUCCGGAAUACCAUGGGCUGUAUUCUGGUUUUCACCACCAGUGACAUGGCUUCUCUUCUGGAGGAACACUGAUGCUGCUCCUGGUGCAGUGCAUGCCCUAAGCCAGACCUCUUAAUAGUGCAUCACACACACACACACACGCACGCACGCACGCACGCACGCACGCACGCACGCACGCACGCACGCACACUAUGCAGAGGAUAUGCCAUAUUCCACUUUGGAACCUCCUUUUCAGAGUCGAUCUUCUGUACCUGGGGACUGUUUAUUUGGGGUUAGGAUGCAACCUGCAGGUCACGUUUUAAUUUCCAGACUGGCACUGUCAUUUCCUUCUCUCCUCCCUGCUUCAACCCUCCCUCCAACCCUUCUUGCCUUCCUUCAUUCCUUCGUUCUUCCCUUGCUUCCUUUUUGCCCUUUGAUACAAGAAACACAUGGGGGAGUGAACGUGUUUAAGCUACAUCUGGCUGAACCUGUUGUCAAAUGACAUUAAUCAGCUUAUUUUUCUAGAAUUAGGGUUCAAGUUUGGCUGGUUUUCAUUAAGAAACUGGCUUUAGUCACAUACUUACAUUCUUUGGAAGCUGGUCCCAAUGUUGUUUAGGGUUCUCUCUCUGAUUAGACCAUCAUCAAUCCUGCUAGGUGCUGACAUCCUGCAGAAAGAAGAAUAGAAUCUGUGCACACUGCACAGCCUGAGACAUUUCCAAAUACCCUGGGGAGUUUCUUGGAACUGGGGGCCAUGUCACCACUGACUGAAGCUAACUCAGUGAGUUCUAAGGAACUCUGGGACAUUGGGUGAAACUAUGCUUCAGAAAAAAAAAAGUCUCUGUCAUCAUAGUUCUAGGCUUUUUCUUCAAAACUUCCCAAUGCAAGCUAGGCCUCUUUAUGCCUCUGCCAUUUAAAAUUUACUCAUGGUACCCAAGCAUCCCUAGUUCUGUUGAAUACAUCAAAACGCAUAUUAAAGUAGAUUCUACCUAGAAUUAGCAUUGACUUUGAGGGAACAGAAGAAGGUUUCUUAUGCAUAUGUGGAGUGAUAGAGACACUAAAGCAAUCGAAGAUAAGCCAUAAACAGUAAAUGUUUGUGAAUGCAUCUGCCAUCAAGAUGCCUCUGUCACCAGGAAGGACCAGUUCGCAUAGUUGGGUGUGGAUGUUAGGGUGUGGAUGUUAUUGAUUCACGGGUGAUACUGAAAAGAAAGGAAACAGAUGUGGCCUGUGAGAUGGAAAGGUGAGGGUUGUCGCUCCCUACUGAAUAUCCUGCAUAGGCCCUGGCAGGGAUCUGGCCCACAACCAAGUACUGUGGGCCUGACAUUUGGACUCUUGUAUAAUCACAUUUCCUGGGUGCAUGAGUCUUAGUUAAGGGCAUUGUUGCCUCCUUACUUAUCUACAAAGGGAUGGAAACGACCAACUCUGACACCUGUGUCAGCAAAUGUUCCACAUGGAUCUUGCCUUCAAUACUGUGGACAAUUUUUCAUCAAAGAGGAUUCCACCUAAGGGAUGGCUAUGUUACUGUGUGAUCAAAUAGCUCAAGAGAUGGAUGUUUUCCUAAGGAUGCACCAGGUUUACCUCUGGUCAUUCAUCUAAAUACAGCCUAUUAGUGCAUAAAUUUGCAUGUAUCCUCGUGUUUAUUUGCUGAAUUUUCUUUUUAGAAUAAACCACAAAUACUUCCCCAAUAGGUAUAGCCAAAUUCCUCCUCAAUUUUUCCACAGGGUCAUCACCUUUCUUAACUUUGAGGUAUCCUGGACUCUUCAGUGAGCCCUUCAUUUUUAAGUCACACUUCGGGGUCCACUACAUUCAGCACUACUGUCUCAAAAAAAAUGUUUGGGAGCCUCAACCAGAAAAACCAGCCACCAUUUACCAGUUGGUAAUAUAGUAGACUCUGUCAGCCUCAGAUCAACCUCUUUCUCAAGGGACAGGUUAUGUCUGAGUCUCAUGGCUCCCAAAUCACUUUUCCUGGAGGUAUCAAAGCAGUAACCUUACAUCAACUCCUUUGCAAACUCUCUGCUGUUUUCCUAGAGUCUAAAAAUAUUGAACAUGCCUGGCUCAUCUAUUCAUUCCUACACCUUUACAACUUCAUGGAACAUCUAGAGAUUUAUGUUGAAACAUCAUUGUCAAUAUUUCAAAACCUGGUAUGAGCCGUGGGUAUUUGAUAUUAUCUAUUAUCAAAUACUAAAGGACAUUUCGAGUACAAUGCUUCUUUGAGAAAUGCAUGUGAGAUGGGAAAACCCAAGUUAAUGUUCUUGUUGACCUAGCAGAUGUAUCACAGGGAAUGCUGUGUGAGAGAUUAAUGCCCAGAGCCCAGGUAUCAUCUAUCUCUCCAGCUUAUCUUUUCAGUUGUUAUCAUUAAUUAAAAUGAUGUAAGGAGAUUUUGCAGCUCUAUAAAUACUAAGCCAAGGCCUUCAGGUUGUCUCUAUGAAUAAUCUCAUGAAACAAAAGAAAUGUGUUGUUUUCCAGUUUGCUACUAUUCCCUUUGGGAAACAGUAUAUACAAACUAUUGGCAGAAGCUGCAAAAGUCACUCUUCUUUAUGGACUUACGGUGAAGUUGUGUUCACAUUGUAAUGUUGCAUUAUCAGAAUUUAGAUACCUGUUACUGAAGCAUCAUACUUCAUACUUCAUACUGCAAACAAUGUACAGCCUCCUGAACACCAAAUUUGUAGUCUGGUACAAAUGGUAUAGUUUAUAAUGAGAGCCCAGCCACAAAACAUGAUCUCAUUGAAUGUUCUGCCAUUUAAGCUUAUUGUCCAUGACCAGAGCCUAUAUCAACUUGCUUUACUUAGGAGACACUGUACAGGUAACUAAACUAAUCAAGGAUACUCUUGGAUCAGAAAGGGAAAAUCAGAGAUGGAAAUCACUAAAAAGUAAGUGGGGCAGGAAGAUCUCCACCUCUUCAUAAUCAGUCAAGAACCUAAGGCCAGUAGGUCAGCCAUAAUCCUUAUCUUUCCUGGCUUCUUGGUAAUUUAAUACCAGAUGGUUCCAAUGUUAGAUAAAUACAAGCAGAAAGCUAAGCCUGGGCUCUGAUAAACAGAAACUGUUCUUCCAUCAGAACACUAAAGGAAGUCUGUUAUCUGCAGGAAAUGAUUGACUUUCCUCAUAAAGUUGCUAGUGCCUUUUCUAAGCUCCGUGCUGUGAUUCCUCCUGGUUAUUGAUCGUUCCAAUCAGAGCCAAGGCUUGGUUGUAUACACUUUGAGGAAAACUACUCUUGUGUGUCUGUUUGAACUCAGGAACAGAAAAUGAGACAGAAAUGCCUCAUGUUCCAAUGUGGUUUUGCUUUCAGAACAGGAACAAGGGUAUGUCCAGAUGAGGUGACCGUAGUCCAGCCUGAAAAAAGCUGUUGCUUUAAUUUUGCGAUCUUCAUGGAAACAUGUUAGAUCCUGUCCUGUGAUAGGAAAGUCUAGUCAGUGCACAUAGAAGUCAAGGUUUGUUUCUGUUGCUCUUCAGUACACAGGUACAAGGAAACCAUGGAGGUUACUAACAGCGACACAGUGUGGAAUGAGAACCACCUAGAAUGGUAUGUGGGUUGUUUUGUCUGAUUUUGUGACUCCAGUAUCAGAACUGCUGGAAAAAUUAUUCAAAUUGGUACAUUGCACUUGCGUUUAAAAUGUUAGCAGUGUCUUCCGUGCCAAAGUUGACCACUUGUCUCUUAUACCAUGACUGUGGACUAAUGCUUCAAGAUCUGCUUCAAAAGCAUGCACAGUGCAAGCCUCCCACCACUGAGUCACCAUGAUGCUCACCUCAUCGGUCAGUGAGAUGCACCAGCUUGUCCCAGUGUAAGAUUCUGCAAAACAUGCGACCAAAGCUGUCCUACCAGACUUGGUUCGACUUUAUACCUGCUUUGCCUCCUUGCCUGUUUCGUGAUACAAAAUAAAACUGUUUGGGAUUGUUUCAUUUCCCAUUUAUGGAAGUUUCUCCUAGACCAACUUCAACCCUUGGUAAACUUGCAGACUGCUACUGAUCUUAAAAUUUAAACUUCAGAGACAAUAUAUAUUAGCUACUACAGAGCCAUUUCAAGAGUGAGAUAGCUCUGCAUUUCCCCUGUCAGUUCCCGGAGAAAACAGCUACUUGGGUCUGUGUGGGAAUGCACCUGCUGGCGGCUAUUUUCUCUCUCAGACAUUCGGCCACCCACACUGUUCAGUCCUUAUGUUUUCCUGUCAGUAUCUCCUCUGAACUCUCACUAGACACAUGCACUGGUGGUUUCCUGUGGUCAUUGUCUUUUUGUUUAACUUACUGGUUUCAUGUUCUCCCUUAGAGCUGGCCAGGUCCUUGCCUCAAAUUGUUGCUUAAUGAAACCUGGCAGAUAUCUUGUUUUCAGAAAUCAGUUUGAGACCCUAAUUGUGUCAACCCAGGUAGGGAACUCUUUCUGUCUGUCACUGAACCAAUUAUGGAAGUUCCGAAAAGGAGGGGGCAGGGGCACUUCCCAAACAAUCAGCCAAAAUCAACUCACACCUGUCUAGCCAAACAUAUUAAUAAGGUGAAACUUGGACUUAUUAUAGCAGUGGAAAUGUCAUCUUGUAUCACUGCUCUAGGGGCAUCCCCAGUACCUAUCAUCUCCUUUAACAGUGAAGUCAUAAAAUGGCCCUGCACAUUGCCAAGAGCACAGCACGACGCCCUUCCCAGAACUCCCUUCCAACCCCGCUCAUCAUCUCCCUGCCAACAUUUUGUGGAAACUAAGAGAAUCGUAAUUAUGUACAGAUAAAUUGUAUUAUAUUUUUUGUACUUAAUGUUUUGUGUAAAUAGUUUGCCUCAUUCAGUUGUAUGUGAGUAUUGAAAUAAACCCUGCCAUUUAGGAAACA